AGAACGUUUGUGUGAUGGGGGUCGCCGUCACACAAACGUUGAGAAGCACUGGUAUAUAGACAUAUAUAGCCCCUCUUUCUUACACCCCAUUUUCUAGGCUUUGCUCCAUAUUUUUCUUUCUCUGACUUAAUGGAGACUUCCAUGCAGGCAAAUUUACAAAAACACAUGGCAUUUAGCAUAUGUAAAAUUUCCUCCUUCAGGAAUGAAGUUGGCAUGCUGGGUGCUCUUGGAUGCAAUCCUAAUUGACAGGAAUGAAGAUGGCUCCCCUGUAGCAUCUCAUCUGAUGGUGCUGCCAUUUCUUAAAUCCUUGGGGGCCAUAGGAAACCAGUCUAAGUUUUGGGAUGUAGAGAGGUUUUGAUCUCCAUUGAGAGUCACCCUUAAGAAAGUUGAUUGUGUAAAAAAAAUAUGUAAAACCUUCAUGAACUUUUAGGGCUCUGCACAUAGAUACUCUUGAGAAGCUAAGUAGCAUUACAUUUCAUUAUUUCACUUAGCUCAGUUGCAAAGGUCGGUUGGUAGCAGUCAAAAAUAACUUGAUAGCAUUUAAUCAGUGAAAAUAUCUUGCAAAUGCCUUAGGGCAGGGGUAGGCAACCUUGGCUCUUUUAUAAUUCGUGGACUUCAACUCCCAGAAUUCCUGAGCCAGCCAUGCUGAGGGGAAAGGGAGAGGUUUCCAAGCUGAGCCAUGCUGGCUCAGGAAUUCUGGGAGUUGAAGUCCACGCGUCAUAAAAGAGCCAAGGUUGCUACCCCUGCCUUAGGAUAAGGCAGAGACGAGACAAGCAUGUUUUUCCGCCACCUAUUCGGAGAUGGCGGUCAAAUAGGCAACAUUUGUUCCUAGGAAGCGGACAAUACCGCGGGCGGUUUCUGUGGUUGAGCUUAAAGCAGUUAAAACCAUCGAGUACUGUAUUGCUAGAAAGGAUGGGAGGAGAGAAGUGAAAGGAACUUCCUCUUCUUGAUCACUAAUUGGAGGAAGAUGGUGUGUAGAGAGGAUUUUGUGCUCUUCCCAGAUUGAAGCAGCAGCUGGAAGGUGCUAUUUGGAACAAGAAGAGCAGUUUUGGUAAACUCUUCAUUCUCGAAGUAGCUAUUCUUCCUAACACUGAUAGUUAAAAGAGGAUGGGAAGAAGAGCCCUCUGGACAGCUACGAAUAACAAACAAACAUUGAAAAGGAAAGCAAACCAAGCCAGAAAUCAAAAUAUUUUCCAUUUUCUUCACAAAAGCACACAAUUCUCCUUUUCCUCCAGCAGCUCUUAGAAAAAAAGAGAGAAAAUCAAGAAAGAUUUCAAGCUGGAAUAAGUAGAUUAUUCAGAACUCAAGGAUACUUUUCAUUAAAAGAGGGAAAUAUCUGGAAGUCAGUUGGAGGAAAAGGUGAGUAGGAAAGUCACAUAGAGCAGAGAGUUAUGCAGGCCUCGCCCUGUGAGGAAGAGAAUGACUUGAAUGAAAGCACCACUAAACAAGGGAUUAUCCACAUUUUUGACUUCCUCAAGAAUAUCAGCUGUGGAAAAGCUCCGUACUUGUGUCUAUUGUUGAAAAAUCACAGAUUGCAAAUCACAACUGAUUAUGCAUAAGAGGAGCCAUACUGGAGAAAAGCCAUAAAAAUCAUCUGAUUGUGGCAAAAGCUUUAGUCAGAACAGCUCCCUUGUGGCUCAUGGAAGGACCCACACAAGAGAAAAGCCAUAAAAGCACUCCUAGUGCAGUAAAUGCUUUAGUGAGCAUGGCAACGUGGUGAUACAUCAGAGGAUUCACAGUAGGGAGAAAACCUAGGAUUGUACUGAUUGUGUGAAAAUUUCAUUAGAAAUUCCCAUGUCAUGAGACACCAUAGGACUCACACACAAGAGAAAUCCUUUGAAUGUCUUGAUUGUAGGAAAAGUUUCAGUCAUAAGUCCAGCCUGGUGAGACACCAGAGGAUUCAUACAGGAGAGAAACCAGAUGAGUGUCCACUUUGUGGGAAAAGUUUUAUUGCAAAUUCUGUCCUGAUAAAACACCAGAGGACUCACACAGGAGAGAAACCCUUUGAAUGUCCUAUCUGUGGGAAACGUUUCAGUCACAAGUACAACCUGGUGAUACACCAGAGGAUUCACACAGGAGAGAAACCCUUUGAAUGUCCUGAUUGUGGGAAAAGUUUCAGUCGCUAUUCCAACCUGGUGACACACCAGAAGACUCACACAGGAAAGAAACCCUUUGAAUGUCCUGAUUGUAGGAAAAGUUUCAGUAGCAAUUCCAACCUGGUGACACACCAGAGGACUCACACAGGAGAGAAACCCUUUGAAUGUCCUGAAUGUGGGAAAAGUUUCAGUCGCAAUUCCCACCUGGUGAAACACCAGAGGACUCACACAGGAGAGAAACCCUUUGAAUGUCCUGAUUGUGGGAAAAGUUUCAGUGAGAAUUCCAUCUUUCUGACACACCAGAGGAUUCACACAGGAGAGAAACCCUUUGAAUGUCCGAUCUGUGGGAAAAGUUUCAGUGAAAAUUCCAGCCUUGUGACACACCAGAGGAUUCACACAGGAGAGAAACCCUUUGAAUGUACUGAAUGUGGGAAAAGUUUCAGUCAGAAUUCCAACCUGGUGACACACCAGAGGACUCACACAGGAGAGAAACCCUUUGAAUGUCCGAUCUGUGGGAAAAGUUUCAGUGGGAAUUCGCACUUGGUGUCACACCAGAGGACCCACACAGGAGAGAAACCCUUUGAAUGUCUUGAUUGCGGGAAAAGUUUCAGUCAGAAUUCCAGCCUGGUGACACACCAGAGGAUUCAUACAGGAGAGAAACCCUUUGAAUGUCCUGAUUGUGGGAAAAGUUUCAGUCAGAAUUCCAGCCUUGUGAAACACCUGAGGAUUCACACAGGAGAGAAACCCUUUGAAUGUCUUGAUUGUGGGAAAAGUUUCAGUCGCUAUUCCAACCUGGUGACACACCAGAGGACUCACACAGGAGAGAAACCCUUUGAAUGUCCUGAUUGUGGGAAAAGUUUCAGUCGCUAUUCCAACCUGGUGACACACCAGAGGACUCACACAGGAGAGAAACCCUUUGAAUGUCCUGAUUGUGGGAAAAGUUUCAGUCGCUAUUCCAACCUGGUGACACACCAGAAGACUCACAUGGGGGAGAAGUCUUUCAAAUGUCCAGUCUGUGGACGUUACUUCACUCAUAAAUCAUCCCUUAUUGCACAUGAGGAAAUCCACAUGAGGGAAAAGUUGAAGAAUUUAGAAAAGCUGAAAUGGCCACUAUCCUCAUCCAAAACCUACGAGAUGUACAUUAAAAACGGCAGUGCAGGGUGUCCCUCUAAAAAGGUUAGCCUGGUGAUCAGUUGGCCAUGUGGUUUGAUGGGCUAUUCUAUUUUUUGCCUUUUGUUUUUUUAUGAAGCUUUUUUGGAAAGCUGUGGGAAAAAUUUCAGUCAUAACUACAGCCUGAUGAACCACCAGAGAACUCAUACAGGAGAGAAACCCUUUGAAUGUCCUGAUUGUGAAAAAAGUUUCAGUCAAAAUUCUAAUCUGGUGAGACACAAGAGGAUUCACACAGGAAAGAAAUCUUUUGAAUGUCUUGAGUGUGGGGAAAUUUUCAUUAAAAAUUCCCACCUCAUUAGCCACCAGAGGACUCUCACAGAAGAGAAAAUGUUUGAAUGUCCUGAUUGUGGGAAAAGUUUCAGUCAAAAUUCCAACCUGGUGAGACACCUAAGGACUCACACAGGAGAGAAAUCUUUUGAAUGUCCUGAUUGUGGGAAACGUUUCAGUCAAAAUUCCAACCUGGUAAGACACCUAAGGACUCACACAGGAGAGAAGCACUUUGAAUGUCCUGACUGCGGGAAAAGUUUCAUUAGAAAUUGCCACCUUGUGAGACACCAGAGGACUCAUGAAGGAGAGAAAUCCUUUGAAUGUCCUUAUUGUGGGCAAAAAUUCAGUCAGAAUUCCAACCUUCUGAAACACCAGACGACUCCCAGAGGAAAUAAAACAUUUGAAUGUCCUGAUUCUUGGAAAAAGUUGAGUCACGAUUCAAGACUGGUAAUAGACCAGAAGAUUGACGCAGGAGAGAAGCACUUUCAAUGUUUCAGUCACAAUUCCAGCCUGGUGAUAGACCAGACAACGCACUUAGGAGGGAAAUCCUUUGAAUGUCCUGAUUGCGGGAAAAAUUUCAGUAAGAAUUCCCACCUUGUGAUACACCAGAGGACUCACACAGGAGAGAAACCCUUUGAAUGUCCUAUCUGUGGGAAAUGUUUCAGUCGCUAUUCCAAUCUGGUGACACACCAGAGGACUCACACAGGAGAGAAACACUUCAAAUGCCCUGAUUGUGGAAAAAGUUUCAGUCACAAUUCCAACCUGGUGAGGCACCUAAGGACUCACACAGGAGAGAAACCCUUUGAAUGUCCUGAUUGUGGGAAAAGUUUCAUUAGAAAUUCCCACCUCAUGAGACACCAGAGGACUCACACAGGAGAGAAACCCUUUGAAUGUACUGAUUGCGGGAAAAGUUUCAGUCAGAAUUCUCACCUCAUGAGACACCAGAGGACUCACACAGGAGAGAAACCAUAUCAGUGUCCAGAUUGUGGGAAACGUUUCAUUACAAAUUCCUACCUCAUGAGACACCAGAGGACUCAUGCAGGAAAUAAACCCUUUGAAUGUCUUGAUUGUGGGAAAGCUUUCAGUCAAAAUUCCAGCCUGGUGAAACAUCAAAGGGCUCACAAAGGGGAGAAACUCUUUGAGUGUUCUGAUUGUGAGAAAAGUUUCAGUUGUAAUUCUGAUCUGGUGAUGCACCAGAGGACUCACACCGGAGAAAAACCAUUUAAAUGUCCUGACUGUGGGAAAAGUUUCAGUCGUAAUUCAAGCCUGGUGAAACACCAGAGGACUCACACAGGAGAAAAACCAUUUGAAUGUUCUAUCUGUGGGAAAGGUUUCAGUCACUUUUUUAGCCUGGUGAUACACCAGAGGACUCACACAGGAGAGAAACCGUAUCAGUGUCCAGGCUGUGGGAAAAGUUUCAAUUGUACUUCUGACCUGGUGAAACACCAGAGGACUCACACAGGAGAAAAACCUUUUGAAUGUCCUGACUGUGGGAAAAGUUUCAGUCGUAAUUCCAGCCUGGUGAUACACCAGAGGACUCACACAGGAGAAAAACCCUUUGAAUGCCCUGAUUGUGGGAAAAAAUUCAUUGAAAAGUUUAGCCUGAUUAAACACCAGAGGACUCACACAGGAGAGAAACCCUUUGAAUGUACUGAUUGUGGUAAAAGUUUCAUUUGUAAUUCUGACCUGGGGAUACACCAGAGGACUCACACAGGAGAGAAACCCUUUGAAUGUCUUGACUGUGGGAAAAGGUUCAGUCGUAAUUACAACCUGGUGAAACACCAGAGGACUCACACAGGAGAGAAACCCUUUGAAUGCCCUGUCUGUGGGAAAAGUUUCAGUGAAAAUUCAAGCCUGGUGACCCACCAGAGGACUCACACAGGAGAGAAACCGUAUCAGUGUCCGGAUUGUGGGGAAAGAUUCAGUCAGAAUUCCAUCCUAGUGAUACACCAGAGGAUUCACACAGGGGAGAAACCUUUCAAAUGUCCAGUCUGUGGACGUUGCUUCAGGCAUAAAUCAUCCUUUGUUGCACACAAGCAAAUCCAUUUGAGGAAAAAGUAGAAGAGUUUAGAAAAGGCCUUGAAUUUCAUUUGUGAUAUCUCAUGGAAAAUGUAGGUGAGAAAUUGAAUAUUUGAAUUGUGGUCUGAAUCUUUUUACUCAAACAUGUCUCAGGACUAGACUUGUAGGUGGAGAGAAAAGGAAAAUGGAAAAAGGCUAACUACCAGUUUCUUGUUAGCAGCAACAAUUACUGGAUAUUUCCUUUUGCAGAAGUUGUGGAAUUCCUUAAAGAGGUUUUCGGGUGAUGUUUUUGUAUAUUGAUUAUCAAAUUCCUACAUGUGGAGUUUCAAUCUUCUACCUUGGUUUCCUCCAGAUUUUGAGCCCCAGAAUACCCCAGCCAGCAUAUAAGAGGUCCUCAAGAUACAACUGUCAUGGGUCUUGCAAUUAUGGUUGAAUGUUGCAAUGGCUUUAAGCUUUUCUUAACUACCCUGAUCUCCCUGAUGCAGCUAUUAAUUGAAUGUGUGAGUCACUAAGCGGAACAUUUGUUACCUCAGGGUUGGGGAAAACCAUUGGAAUUCUAGCGCAGGGCCAGGCUUGCCUGCUGUAGGUAUUCCUAGGCCUCCCCCACUGUCUGAGACGCCAUGUGCUCUGUUUCCCAACCUUUGUAUCCUCCUGGCCUUUCCCUCCUCCACAAAAUCUCCCCAGGCCUCACAUUUCUCCCAGCAUCCCCACAAUCCUUAAACCUGACUCCCACCCCACCAGGCCUCACACCUUCCUCCUCUUUACCUGUUGAAGAUAUCUGAUCCUUGUGUUGGAUAAGGAGGGGAGGGCAUGCAUCCCUGGGCCUCAUGACUGUGUGUUGGAAGCAGCCGUCAUUUUCAGUGGGACCUACAUUCAUCCCUGAGCCAUGCAGUGGACUUGCUGAAGCGGUGACCAUUUUGCCACACUGUCCACAGUGUCACGCAAGAAGAGUGACAAUCUCUGUUUUGCUACCUUAAUAUCAGAAAAUAAAAUGUAUGGUAGAAAAUGUUUCAUUUUUAAAAAUGCAUUAUGUUGGAAUGAUCAGUAGCUUUUGACAAGGAAAACAAGGCAUAUUGUCAAUGUUACUGUGAACAUUAGGUUAAGGCAAGUCACUCACAGUUGCCUCAAAUUGCGAGAUGGGCAAUGAUUAAGUUUAAUAAUAAAUGAAUCUAAUAAUAAAAAGGUAAUGUAAAACUCAUUUCCUAACUCUUGCUCAGUGAUGACAGCUCCACACAUACAGUGUGUUUGUCACACACUACAAUUAUUAAUUUGCAAUCUGCCUGUGGUGCAUUCUGCACCUCUGUAACUAAUCUGUAAUUAAUACUCAGCUUCGCUUCCCUCCUGAUUAUAAAUUUAAAUUUUCAUUUUGCAUCGUACAUCAGUCCAGCCAUUCUCUGCCUCUGAUGAUAUGAGCUGCAGUUAGGCUUCUGCCUCUUAAUUUAUUGUUGCAUUGCUAUCUGCCCCAGUCCUAAAUUCUAUGAAAAUACAGCAAUUCAUUAGGCACAGUUUAAAAAUUCAAAUGGUUAAACUGGAUCUAUUUGAUUGACAUUCUUUUGAGAUUCAGAGAUGGUCUUCUACAUCAAGGAUCUUCAACUCCCGGUGCAUGGACCGGUACCAGGCCAUGCCAUGCCAGCAACUGGUCCACACAAACAAGCAAAGCCCCAUCCGUGGGAUGCAGGCAGCACACAAAACAUUUAAAACUAGACAACUAGUUUAAAGCAGCCAUUAGUUGUGCUAAUGGGUUUGUAGACUUCGAAAAUCAUAAUAUUACUGAGGAUCUGUCUUGUCUGACUUCCCUGAUGAGUCUCUGAAUUCUGAACCAGAUUCAUCAGACAGUUUAGGUCCCCAUGGAGGGAGACAGUGAGUGGACACAAAUGUUUUGAAA